GCUUAACCGGAAACGGCGAUGGGUGCGGAGUGUUGCUUGGUGCACGUGUCUGAGUGCAGGGCUGCGUGCGCACCGCCCAUCCUCACCCUACCUCUCCUCCCCGGUCCUCGUGUGUGCUUUAGAGGAUGCAUGGGUAUGGAACAGCCUCCUGCCUCCAGUCCUGGUGUACUUGGCUCUGUCUGUGUGGUGUGUCUGUGUUUCGGCGUGUCCCGGCGUGUAAUUUGUGAUUCGUGAGUAUUAUUGGUGCGCAGGUACAUGCGUGUGUCCUUUGCGUAUGUGUUGGGUGUGUGCGUUAUCAGAGCUCCCUGUCCCUCAUGUGUAGAAUAAGGGUGGUUUUCCAACUGGUUGUUGAAUGAGGAAAAUCUUUAUAAUGGGGGGAAAAAAUCAUAAGACGCAGAAUUCCCAAACCAGAGCCAAUAAGAGCCGUUAUUUGUGCUGCUCAGGCUCCCUGAUUUGAAAGGGUUCUCCUCCCGCGGGCUCAUAUUCUGCCCGAGAGGCUGCCCUUCUUUCCCCCACCACCCGGAACACUUGGUGGCUGAGCCUCUUUUCUCCAAGACGCAGAUGGAGCUGAGCAGGAAAUUUUGUCCUCCCCAGAAGCCAACGUAGACAGGGCUCCAAGUAGCCCCCGCUCUAUUAUAGCAGGAACAGGAAAUGGACCAUCUCCCCUGUCACUGACAUCUAUCGAUGACAUUCAGAAAGACAUGCACACCACAAUUAAAGUAGCCAGACAGACACAGCAUUACCUCACCACCACUGGAGUCCCUGUCCUGACAGGAACAGACCAAUAAGGUUCAGCAAUAUUAAAUAACCUUACUAUCCCUAUUAAGAUGUCACACAGCUAUUAAGGGGCAAACUCUGGUUCUUUCUACUACACCAUCCUGGCACAGGGGAAGAGAAGAAAAGAGGGUGGAUUUGAAAGACAUUAUGGAGGUAGAUUCAUCCAAUGUUGGUUAGCAACUGAACAUGGUAAAGUAUGGGAAUUAUCCAAAUGAUUACACGUUUCCAGCUUGGCACCUGGGUGAGUGGUAAUGCUGUUAACCCAAGUGGGAAACACAAGACAAGGAGCAGAGGGAGGGUGGGUGAGAUGACCUCAGGUUUGGACAUGUUGAGUUUAUGGUACUUGUGGGACAUCAGGAAAUGGAAGUAUCUAGAAAGCAGCAAGAAAUAAAGGUCUGAAGGUUAGGAACAAAAGAAAGCUAGCGAGGAAGAUUUAAGACUUCUCAGGACAGAUGUGAAAGUUGAAAUUAUAGGGAUAGAUCAGAUGGUUCAGGGAGGAGGCAUAGAGUGAGCACACCUAUCUACUUAUAAACCUGUCUUCCAGGAAGACGAGCAGGGAGCAGUUCUCAGGUUCCUGUCUUCCUCCCUGUCUCUGCCCCCAGUGAUUCAUCAGAGAGUGGCAUGCUGUCCCGCCUGGGUGAUCUGCUCUUCUACACUAUUGCUGAGGGACAGGAACGCAUCCCUAUCCACAAGUUCACUACUGCACUGAAGGCCACCGGACUGCAGACGUCAGAUCCCCGGCUCCGGGACUGCAUGAGCCAGAUGCGCCGCAUGGUUCGAGAGUCCAGCAGUGGUGGCCUCUUGGACCAAGAGCUCUUCCAAAAGUGUGUGAGCAGCAACAUUGUGCUCCUGACCCAGGCAUUCCGAAAGAAGUUUGUCAUUCCUGAUUUUGAGGAGUUCACGGGCCAUGUGGAUCGCAUCUUUGAGGAUACCAAAGAGCUCACAGGAGGCAAAGUGGCGGCCUACAUCCCUCAGCUGGCCAAGUCAAAUCCAGACCUGUGGGGAGUCUCCCUGUGCACCGUGGAUGGUCAGCGGCACUCUGUGGGCCACACGAAGAUCCCCUUCUGCCUUCAGUCUUGUGUGAAGCCCCUCACCUAUGCCAUCUCCAUAAGCACCCUAGGCACUGACUACGUGCACAAGUUCGUGGGCAAGGAGCCCAGCGGCCUGCGCUACAACAAGCUCUCCCUCAAUGAGGAAGGAAUCCCCCAUAACCCCAUGGUCAAUGCUGGUGCCAUUGUCGUGAGCUCCCUGAUCAAGAUGGACUGUAACAAAGCAGAGAAGUUUGAUUUUGUGUUGCAAUAUCUGAACAGAAUGGCUGGGAGUGAAUACGUGGGUUUCAGCAAUGCCACAUUCCAGUCAGAGAAGGAAACAGGGGAUCGGAAUUAUGCCAUCGGCUAUUAUCUAAAGGAAAAGAAGUGCUUUCCCAAGGGGGUGGACAUGAUGGCUGCCCUCGAUCUCUACUUCCAGCUGUGCUCUGUGGAGGUGACCUGUGAAUCAGGCAGUGUCAUGGCAGCCACCCUGGCCAAUGGCGGGAUCUGCCCCAUCACAGGCGAGAGUGUGCUGAGUGCUGAAGCAGUGCGCAACACCCUCAGCCUCAUGCACUCCUGCGGCAUGUAUGACUUCUCGGGCCAGUUUGCCUUCCACGUGGGCCUGCCAGCCAAGUCAGCUGUGUCAGGAGCCAUCCUCCUGGUGGUACCCAACGUCAUGGGAAUGAUGUGUCUGUCACCUCCACUGGACAAGCUGGGGAACAGCUAUAGGGGCAUCAACUUCUGCCAGAAGUUAGUGUCUCUCUUCAAUUUCCACAAUUAUGACAACCUGAGACACUGUGCUCGGAAGUUAGACCCACGGCGUGAAGGGGGAGAAGUUCGGAACAAGACUGUGGUGAACCUGUUAUUUGCUGCCUAUAUUGGAGAUGUCUCAGCUCUUCGAAGGUUUGCCUUGUCAGCCAUGGACAUGGAACAGAAAGACUAUGACUCCCGCACAGCCCUGCAUGUUGCUGCAGCUGAAGGACACACUGAAGUUGUUAAAUUCCUGAUUGAGGCUUGCAAAGUGAAUCCUUUUGUCAAGGAUAGGUGGGGCAACAUUCCCCUGGAUGAUGCUGUGCAGUUCAACCACCUGGAGGUGGUGAAACUGCUUCAAGAUUAUCAGGACUCCUACACACCAUCUGAGACUCGGGCUGAAGCAGCAGCUGAGGCUCUGUCCAAAGAGAACUUAGAGAGCAUGGUGUGAGCAUG